AUGGGACAGUUUCAGAAUAAGGUCGUGGUUCAGGCUGUGCUGGAGGCGGUCCACAGGUGGAAAACAGAGAGAGAGUCUCGAGUGUCUGGAGAGAAACAGCAGGAGGAGGAAGAGGAGGAGAGCAUCUACACCGUCUACAACGAAGAGCCUGAUGACCAGGAGGAGCAGGAGGAGCAGGAGGGAGAGGAUGGAGGACUCGCCUUCAUCGCACACGUACCUGUUCCAUCUCAGAAAGAGGUGGAGGAGGCUUUGGUCAGGAGGAAGAAGAUGGAGUUGCUGCAGCGUUACGCCAGCGAGACUCUUCAGGCUCAGAGUCAGGAGGCCCGAGCUCUACUGGGGCUCUGACCCAUCUGUCUGCUGCUGUAAAUACAGGCGUGUUUUUUACCUUUUCUUAAUAAAAACUUUCUGCUCUUCA